AUGAAUGGGGCACAAUACAUGAGAAGGGCCCAGAAAGGAAUUGGCAAGAAUACCAGAGGCCUGAACCUCCACAGUGAGAUCAUGGACAGGACUGGCUACGGAUACCGACUACGGAAUGGAGCAAUCAUCAGCCACCUCCUCUGCAUGGAUGACAUCAAGCUGUAUACCAAAAGAAGAAAUGAGUUGAUUGCACGAUACAUCAAACUUCGCACAGGGAAAACGCGGACCAGGAAGCAGGUGUCUAGUCAUAUCCAGGUUCUAGCUCGACGGAAGGCCAGGGAGAUCCAGGUGAAGCUGAAGGAUCAGGCUGCCAAAGACAAGGCCCUCCAGAGCAUGGCCACCAUGUCAUCAGCCCAGAUCAUAUCACCCACAGCCUUCCAGAACAAGAUGGCUCUCCAGGGCCUGUCUCGGCCAGCUUACCCCACUAGUGGUGGGUUUUGGCACGGGGCACUUCCAGCACAGCCAGGAAGCCAUGAAGACAUUAAGCCUUUUUCCCAACAGAGCUAUGCCAUGCAAGCGUCUGGCCCGGCCCCGAUAACAGUUUAUGAUAACACACAGGGGCUGUCCAUGUCUCCUGGUGCCCCCCCUUGGCAGGGUCGAAGUAUCGCCAGCUCCAAGCUGCGAAUGCUGGAGUUCUCCGCCUUCCUAGAGCAACCUCAAGACCCGGAGACUGUCUUUAUACACCACCAAGCUGUUUUAAUCACCAUGGUUCCCUUUGGCCAAGUAUAUAUUAACACAUUAUCUCUUUCUUCCUUCCAGGCGGACCUUAGUGUAAACCUGCAGGAUGACAGCAGCUUCUUUUAUGGUGUGUCCAGCCAGUACGAGAGCUCUGAGAACAUGAUUAUCACCUCAUCCACCAAAGUCUGUUCCUUUGGCAAACAGGUGGUGGAGAAAGUCGAGACGGAGUACGCGCGUUUCGAAAAUGGACGCUAUGUGUUUCGGAUCCACCGCUCUCCGUUGUGCGAAUACAUGAUCAACUUUAUCCACAAGCUUAAACACCUGCCGGAGAAGUACAUGAUGAACAGCGUGCUGGAAAACUUUACUAUCUUACAGGUGGUGACUAACAGGGACACACUGGAGACCCUGCUGUGCAUAGCCUACGUCUUCGAGGUGUCCACUAGCGAGCACGGCGCGCAGCAUCAUAUUUACAGGCUAGUCAAAGACUGACACGGCCUCUCACUCUGAACUUACCAGUUCUAGACCCAUUGUAGCACACCGGUGAGCAACAACACUAAACAAUAGACUACUUCCUCUACAAGAUGAAAUCAUACGAGGCGGUCGGGAGCCUGGAGAAGCACAGGCUGUGACGGUUUGUGCAGGAACACAACUACUGCUGAACAAGAGUUAGAUUUGGGACUGUGGAAGUUGAAACUGGCUGUGUGUGAAGAGGAGGACCACUGUGUACACUGUGGUUUCUAUGCCAAAGGAGCCAAACAUAGCUAAGAAGACCUGCAUGAGAGAGUUGUAAUUGGUGGUGUUUUUUUCCAUCUCAUUUUUACUAGCGCUUGUUUUUAAUUUAGAUUCUUUUACACACAUGCAUGUGCAGGGGAUGUUUGUGACAGAGAAGUCUGGCUGCCUCAGGGUGCCAUCUAGUGACUUAAAUAUAAAUAUAUAUAAAAAUGGGAAAAAUAAUAAAAGUAUACUGAGAAUCCCUUAUUUGCACAUCCGAAAGAAAAAAAAUCACUGUUUUUUUGUGCCAAUGUUUUGUGUUACUGGAGCGAUUAUGUACAGUGCCACAACCUUCUCUUAACAGAGUUACGUUGACAGGUGGCUAAAACGAUUUAAAAGAACUUGUAUUCACUUUGUUUGAUGUUGAAUGUUGAAUGUUUCUUGUCUUACUGUUUUUUGAUUGAAAACUGUCUGACAGCAACAAAAGGCACAUAAUAACACUGCUAACUUGAACCAGAUUUGGACUUGCAAGCCGAUUAUCGAAGUUGUCUGCAUCUGUAACUUGCCCUGAGGUGUCACAUGAAAAUACAAGUGUUUCUUACAUAA